UAUAUUUCUUAACAAAACACACUCACUGUAAGUUUUUUUUUAAAACUGUAAUUAAAUUAUAUUACUUAUCAACUAAUUUUUUAAAAUUUACACUAUUGUGCUUGUAUUUGAACCCAAAACUCAAAAAAUAAUCGAAGUAAUAGAUUUCUGUGGAUCCCACCGUCCUCGUCCUUUGUACCCAACAUACACAGUUCUUAGACUACACUGCCCAAUCAGCGACCGCUUUCUCCCCCCGCUCCUCCCUUCUGCAUAUAAAAACUUCUAUUUAAAAACUCGAGCAGCUACGUUAAGCAUUCAAGCGAAAUGAGAUAACACAAAUCAUCAAUAUUUGAAAUGCAGAAAAGAGUCCAGGAAGAAAGCCCCAAAUAUCGGGGGCAAACACGGCGCACCAAACGGGGGAGCGGCACUACUGAAAACCGUGUAAUGAACGCUGGGGUUUCAAAACCUGCGUGUUAGCAAUCAGCCGAGGGAGGCGGAUUGCUGUUACAACACUCCGGAAAAAAGCAACAGCGCAGUCUCCUUUUUCAUCAAGCUGCUUGCUCUCGUAAUGCGGUGAUCGUCAUUGUUGGGCCUGGGCCUGGGCCUGGGCCUUCCCUCCUCCUCCUCCUCUUCGCUCCGUCUGCCCUGGCUCCCCCCCCUCCUACACCGUAGAUGUAGCAGUCGGGCUGACCGACGCCUUUACUCGGCGGACAAGCGCUGCAUUCCACAUCUCGGAGUACUUUUGAGGCUGCUAAACUGGAAGUAUACACCUAAGUCGGAUUGAAACUAAAGAAGACAAUUCGAAAUACGAAGGAAAGGUAUACACAGUAUCAUUUACCUCGUUUUGACCCCGUUGUAUUCUUUUUCCUAUUCCCCCCCCCCCGUGAAGAUAGUUUUUGGGAGAGGAAGAUGUGGGUAAGCGGAGAAACGGAGGGCGGACGAUUAAUUCACUAAAACACGGAAACGGUGAAACGUAUGAGCAAAGCGGCUGGCCAGCCCCUCUAAAUCGCGACUCCUUCCAAAAUUAGGACGGACUGUAUGACGUAUUACUGUUUAAGUGCUGUUCUUUGUGUAUUUCGAUAACAUAUCGCCGACAUCCAGCCUCAUUCGCCUCCGACCUGCGUGCAACUCGGGACUGAAUAUGUUGGCAUGGCUGAGUGACUGCUUCUGGCAGGAGCGGCUGUGGUUCCCUGAGGGACUUGGCUGGAAAGACCUACAGGACCGGGAUGGUCGGGUCUAUGCCAAGGUGGAGGACCUGUGGGUUGUUAUCCCGCUUGCCCUGGGCUUCCUCAUAGUGCGGCAGAUCUUCGAGAGGACGGUGGCCAUUCCACUUGCGUCUCUCCUGGGGGUGAGGGACAGAAUUCGCCCCAGAGCAGGACACAACCCAACUCUAGAGACCUACUACUGCAACACAACAAUACACCCAACACAGAGUUCUGUGGAGAAUUUGAGUAAAGUGACAGGUUGCUCGGUGCGUCACAUCCAACGAUGGUUCCGACGGCGCCGAAAUCAGGACCGACCCAGUCUCCUCAAGAAGUUUCGGGAAGCAAGUUGGAGAUUUACCUUUUACCUUGUUGCUUUCAUUGCUGGCCUGGCUGCACUCAUUGAUAAACCAUGGUUGUAUGACUUUAAGGAAAUGUGGAAGGGAUUCCCCACCCUGACACUGCUUCCAUCGCAGUACUGGUACUACAUGCUGGAGUUGGCCUUCUACACCUCCCUGCUCAUUAGUGUGGCAUCGGACGUCAAGCGAAAAGAUUUCAAGGAGCAGAUUGUUCACCACGUGGCCACCAUCACACUCAUUAGUUUCUCCUGGUGCGUCAACUACAUCCGCGCGGGAACCUUGAUCAUGCUGAUACACGAUGCAUCGGACUACCUGCUGGAGUCAGCGAAGAUGUUGAACUAUGCCGGCUGGAAGAACACCUGCAACUGCAUCUUCAUCAUCUUUGCUGCCAUCUUCAUAGUGACCCGUCUCGUUAUCUUCCCCUUCUGGAUCAUGUACUGCACCUGGGUGUACCCUGUGACGCUCUAUCCCCCUUUCUUCGGAUAUUACUUCUUCAACGGGCUACUGCUGGUACUACAGUUCCUGCACAUCUUCUGGGCAAUCCUCAUUGUGCGAAUGGCCAUCAAAUUCAUCACCAACAAUGAAAUUGUGGAGGAUGAAAGGAGUGACAGAGAGGAAACAGACGAGUCAGGGGAUGAGGAUGAGAAGGAUGGGGAGAACUGCAAGGUGAAGAAGAACGGGCCGGUACUGAACGGUCAUCCAGUCCUCAACAACAAUCACCACAAGGCAGAGUGAGGCCUGAGAGGAGUGUGGACAGGACUACCGGCAAGGACACUGGGAGGACAUCGACUGAAGGAAGGAGGCAUUUCAGCAAGAAACGGAAACGAACUCACAACAUCUCACACGAGACAGCACACUCAGGCCAGCACAGACCCACACACACACACACACACACACACACACACACACACAGCUGCAACAACAAAACCCACAAAAAACAAGGAUCCAUCAUUUGUGGUUUCCGUUGACCCAGUGCAUCACACUAAUGGAGGCCAGUCUCCUGAGGCACAGCAUAGAGGUGGGCGGGUAAUAAAAUGGGGAAGGAUGAGAUGGAGAGAGGCACGGGUGCUACGCCUAGCUUAGCCUUAAGUGCCUUAAUAGCAGGCAGAUGUCUUCUCUUCUUUAUUUCUGCUCUAUGGUGUCUUUGCCUUUCUUGUCCCAUGGAGCUGCAUCACACAGUGCUGAUUCUCACCGUUGUCCACCUGCUUUACCAGCUUUCAGAGCCAUACACGAGGGACAACAUCUUGCUUAAACUCUGCACUCAUGCUAAACAGGGCUGCGUGGUACUUCAGGACCCUAAGCAUCAGCUUUCCACUUUGCUCCUUCGGCAUCAGGGAAACAAGCCCACCCCCCUCCCCCCCAGCUGGUAUACAUAACUGGUCCAGGAAUACUACUGACAGCAUAUCUUACUCAGUGGAAGAGUACCUGUUACUUUUAAUUCAUCAGUCUACUACCUUUUUGGGUUACAUGAUAACAAAUUUUAUACAAUUUUUCCAUUUAGAAUAAUGCAUAUUUCUGAGCAUUUCUAAUAAUUAUUUCCAAUGGUGCUGUCUUUUUGUCUUUUUUGGGGGGGUGGGUGAGAGGGGGUUUUUCGGGUUAUAUGUCUCAACAUUUUUUCUGUGCUUUGGUCUUAAACACAGACCCUUCCCAAGAACCAAAAGCUCACUGUUUGAAGUCUUUAUGUUUUACAGAUAUUUCCCAUAGGAGAACUGGUUAUUCUUAUUAAAUUAAUUUGUACUGGGAACUCAAGGUAAACCCAUGUCUCUUGGCAACUUGUGAGAAUGAGUUCAUUUUACCUUCUUCUAACGUUCUGAUCCACUCUUGCGGUGUGAUGUCAUCUGGUACAUUUAUAUACAGUACACUUGCUUGUAUUGGAGGUGUAAUAUAUCACGAGGUGUAUGGAGUAACUGCAGGUCAGAACGAAAUAACACUAUCCGGAGAUGGCAAUGACCUAUUAUGACAGAGCCAGACUUUUAUCUUCUGAUUAUAAAUUUGUUUAUGAUUCCAAUUUUUUUUUUAUUUUUUAAAACAGGUUUACAGUUUUUAAAAUUUAUGAGAAAUAUUCAAUAGUGUGAAUACUGAUGAGGCACAUGACGAAUAACAGGGUUUUUCCCCCUGAUCUGUUGUGUAGUUCCCUCGUGUUGGCUGUCAUAGUUUGCCUGGCUUUUCGCUUCUUACCUUCUUAUUCGUUGUUUUCUUUAUUUUUCUCUGUAUCUCCUUCCUCCUCCUCUACCCUGUCUUAUUCCCAUGCACUUGUCCUACACAUCAUUUGCUAACCAUGCCCAGACCUCCAGCUUUUUAAAGCAGUUGCCACCAAAACAUCAGUGUCCUAAUUACAUUGUUUGUUUAGUAUUUUUGUUAUUGUGCAAAAACUUAUUAAUAAAACAUAACUGUAAAUCACAA